AUGUGGUGAUGAUCAUGAUCCACAUAUCUUCCGUUCCCGUCAACACUCAACACCAACACUGCGACCUCUUCUCCUCGAUCACACGGCCACAAACUCCCAAUCAACCACGAUCGUCCGAUCUCAAUCAAACGCUCCUCAUCGAAUCCCACUCCCACUCGCCAUCUUCCAUCGUUCCGUAUAUAUUGUUUCACUCAACACCAAAAACAAAAAAGAAAAGCUUCAUCGUAACCUGCGAACUCCACUCUCCGCUUCCACUGCUACCUUUCUCUUCUUUUUCCUUUUUGUUCUCUCAACCUUCACUUAAACGAAUAACCUAGAAGACAAGUUAAAAAAAAAAAACUAAAACCUUCGAUCUUUGUUGUUGUUGUUGUUGUUUUUGAAUUUCGACCACCGCGUGCGCCACCGUGCGCGGCCUGCGAUGUUGCCGGCGCCACCGGGAGCUACAACAACAACCGUCGUGGUGAGAAUCUCGCGCUACAGAUCGCGCGGCGAGCAUUGAUAAAGAAGAAAAAAACCACGUGGGUCCCACACCGAUGGAAGCUCAGAAGAAAACCCAAACCCAAACCAAACUCACCCGAACCCAAUCCUCUCUGCUUCGGUGUUCCUCUCCCACCACCACCACGCGUUCUUCCGUUCAUAGCCUCUCUUCGGUCAACGAAGACUUUUUUCCAGAAGAAGAAAAGUCCUCCUCCGAUACGAGCAGCAAGAGAAAGAAGAAGAAUAAUAAACCAAUUAGACUUAGACCCGGUUCGAUCCGGUUCUCGUUGGCUGGACCGGUUCUUGGGUUCUUCACCGCGUGCACGUUCUUCUCCUACUUCCUCUACCUCGGUUCACGCGCCGCCGCGGCAACCUCCGAGAACGUGUUGGCGGUGCUGGUGUUCCUCGCGGCGACGCUCUAUUUCCUGAACCGGAACAAGUCACUGAUCCAGCGAACUUUCUCGGUCCUCAAGCACGCGUGGGAUGGAAACCUGAAAAGACUCGGUUUCUCGACAAAGGGUAGCGAGAAACCGGUUCAGUGGUUCAUCGGCGAUGACGCUACCAUGAGUAGUAGGGAGGAGGGUAUGAACAAACAUAAGAAGAAUAAGAAUAAAAUUAACAACGAUGUUGUUGUUGAUGUUGAUGUUGGUGAAGGUGAUGUCAUAGAAGGUGUAGAGUUUUAUAGCAACGGGGAUUUUUAUGAGGGAGAGUUUCAUGGAGGAAGGUGUAGUGGGAGUGGAGUGUACCACUAUUUUGAGAGUGGGAGGUAUGAGGGGGAAUGGGUGGAUGGGAAGUAUGAUGGGUAUGGAAUAGAGAGUUGGGCUAGGGGGAGUAAAUAUAAGGGGUGUUAUAAGCAAGGUUUGAGGCAUGGGUUUGGGGUGUAUAAGUUUUACACUGGGGAUUCCUAUGCUGGUGAGUGGUGUAAUGGGCAGAGUCAUGGGGUGGGGGUGCAGGCUUGCUCUGAUGGGAGUUGCUAUGUUGGGGAGUUUAAGUUUGGGGUCAAGCAUGGACUUGGAUGUUACCAUUUCAGAAACGGAGAUAGGUAUGCUGGAGAGUACUUUGGAGAUAAAAUACAUGGCUUUGGUGUCUACCACUUUGCCAAUGGCCACUAUUACGAAGGUUCAUGGCACGAAGGUCGUAGGCAAGGUUAUGGCAUGUAUAUGUUUCGAAAUGGUGAUGGAAGAUGUGGUGAAUGGGAUGCUGGCAACCUCAAACUCUCUCUACCACCACAAAAUGAUGCUAUCAUUCGCACAGUUCAGGCUGCUAGGAAAACAGCUGAAAAUGCUAUAAAUCUUCCCCGGAAGGAUGACCACGUGAACAAGGCAGUAAUUGCUGCAAACAGGGCUGCCACUGCUGCUAGAGUUGCUGCAGUGAAAGCUGUUCAGAACCAAAUGGGUGGAAAAUUUUGCGAUAUUGAUGUCUGAGUUUAGGUGUUAGCUAGCUUUUGUUUGAAAAUUGUAAAUUUUUACUAGUAGUACCAGUUUUAAGUACUUGGAAGAUGCUACCCCGGUGAGGAAAAGCUCAUUGGAGGUUGAAGAGUAUGUUCUGAUGUUUGUUUCACAACACAACAUGUACAUAAACCCAUGUAUAUCAAUGAAAAGAUGCAUUUUCAAAAGUACCACUUUCUUGAUUAAA